AAAGGGAAAAAAAUAGAAAAAAACGAAGGAACGAAAACUCGUUGAAUUUCUUCAGUUGAGUGUUUUUCGGAGCGACUUCACAAACUAUCCCGAGCGGAGGAAAUCCCCGGGCGAGGGGAACCAAAGUCUCCACGACUGGGAAUGAUGGAGGAUUCCCAUUUUAACUCCUACUUCUGGUCUCCAGUUCAAGGACAGAUUGAGAAUGUUGUGUUUCUAAACAAGGUGAAGGAGCAGCUCGGCCAACAGGACAAAAACCCUGCCUACCCACAUGGCUCCUCCCACUAUCCCACCACAGCAGUGGUGGCAGUUGCAGGGGGCAUGGCCAUGGAUGGAUCUGGGGGGCGUGCCCUGAAGCAGGAACAAGCGCAUCCGCCCCAUUCUUCACACAGCAUCACCGUGGUGCCCGUGCCGUCCACCGGAAUCAUGACCGCUGCGGGAUUAGUCACUCUGGUUUCUCCGGUAUCUUCCGCUCCGUCUCUCAUCCCUGGGCAUCCAACAACUACUAUGAUAACAGUACACACAGACAAGAAAGAAGACGGCAUGUCCUGCUCCCCGGUUGUCAUCCCGGUGCCAUCAAAGCGAGGGAGGAAGAAGAAAUCCACUCUCCCGUUAGUGGGCUCUCCGACAGGAAGUGACGCACUGAUGCUCGGUCACCUGGCUGGACAGGUAUGUCAGCAUCAUCCUGCCGACCCCUACGACCUCUCUGCCGACGAAGGGCCUGCUGGAAAGGAGGGUGCAAAGACAUACAGGUGCCGGAUGUGCGGCCUGACGUUCUGCAAUAAGUCAGACAUGCAGCUGCAUUCCAAGUCGCACACGGAGGUGAAGGCGCACCAGUGCCCGCACUGCUCCAAAUCCUUCGCUAACUCCAGCUACCUGGCGCAGCACAUCCGCAUCCACAGCGGCGCUAAGCCCUACAUCUGCUCCUACUGCCAGAAGGCAUUCAGGCAGCUCAGUCACUUACAGCAGCACACACGAAACCACACUGAAUCCAAACCCCACAAAUGUCCGCACUGCUCAAAGUCGUUCGCCAACACCAGCUAUUUGGCCCAGCACGUGCGGAUCCACACCGGAGUGAAACCAUACACCUGCUCUUAUUGCCAGAAGACGUUCAGGCAACUCAGCCACCUACAGCAGCAUCACAGAAUCCACACAGGAGACCGGCCGUAUAAAUGUACCCAUCCAGGCUGUGAGAAGGCCUUCACUCAGCUAUCAAAUCUUCAGUCUCACCGUCGCCAACACAACAAAGACAAGCCAUUCAAGUGCCACCACUGUAACCGUGGCUAUACGGACUCAGCAAGCCUUGAGGUCCAUCUCUCAACCCAUACAGUGAAACAUGCGAAGCUAUACUCCUGCGGCCUAUGCAAUCGCACCUACACUUCGGAAACUUACCUGAUAAAGCACAUGAGGAAACACUCCCCAGAUCUGGUACCCACCCCAACGGCGGGUCAGCAGAGCCACAGUCCCGCGCACGGAGGAGGUGCUGGAGGAGGGGGUGCAGGAGGUGCAGAUGGAGCUGCAGCAAGUCGUGCCGAGAGGACCAACCCUUACCCACAGCCAGAGGGAGUGCCAUGUGUGUUUGACCUGCAGCAGUACAAACCAGUGACAGCACCAGAUGUUUCAUACAAAACAGUCAGCGUUUCUGAUCUGUCCGCUCACAAAGACCUGUGCAUCACAGUGGAGGCCUCGGCCAUACAGGUGGAACACCUCAGUUCGUGAGGCAGGAGAGGCCUAUGGGAAGAAAAGAGUGAACACAGACUCUAUAAACAAACGUGGUGCAGCAGAAAGGAAUCAUCAGUGACGUGAUCUUACAUGACCUCUCCAGGUACGAGAGGCCUACCUAAAGUAGGGAUUAAAAGCAAACGCAAGGACUGAUUAAAUGAAAGAUAUGCUGAUGGAAAGGAAUUUCCUACUAGGCCUGCUCAAGUUCACGGAAACAAAAACAGUCAUGGACAAAAUUAAAUAUUGAGAAAAUGCCUUUUUUUUCUUUCUUUUAUUUUUUUUUUUUAAUUUCUUGGUUCUUCACAGAUAUCCCGCUCUUCCUGGUUCCAAUCUAUGGCUAGACUUUUUGAAAGCUUUUAUUUAAUACAGUGGUUGUCAUCUGUAGAUAUUUCUAUCUACUAUUACACUACGAGAUUUACACUUGCGGUUAACGGACAGUAUAUGAACAUCUUCGAUAUGUUGCGCAAUAUGCAUGUGAUAUUUUGCCCUUGAAGUAAAAAAAAAAAAAAAAGAAGGGAAAAAUCAGUUUUCAAUUAGGUUGGGAAAAAAUGUAUAUCUGACUAUCUAGUAUAUUGUGUGUAUGUGUGCAAGUUAAAGGAUGCUUUAAGUAGUGGUUUCAAAAAAGAGAAAAAAAAAACAAACAAACAAAAACACAAAAAAAAAAAAAAACAAAGAGGAUCCUGAGUGUCAACUCUUGCCAGUCACAAGCUCUCAAAAUUCUGGCAUGGACUUUUAAUAAUCCUUGUUCACUCUUCAUUUGUGUGGAUGAUGUAAUACGCUCACUAUUGUUAGUCUACCGCUACUUCAUCUUAGUAUUAAUUCUUGUAAUGGAUCUUACGCCCUAUCAUAGUCAUUAAUACGAUCAGAAUAGAAUUAAUUAUCCUUUGAAAACAAUAAUAAAAUGUAAAAUGUGUCACA